ACCUAGUUUUCUCUUCGCCCAGGCGGUCACAAAAGAAGGGGGGGAAAAACGUUUUCCGUUUUUAUGAAGUGCAUAGCUGGCGUAGUGUCUCAAAGAGCACAAAUCCUCGUGUUCCCAGAAGACGGUCUCUACGGCUAUGAGUUCACCCGUGACACCAUCUACCCGUACCUGGAGGCAAUCCCUGACCCUGACUCAGUCACGUGGUCACCUUGCAGUGACCCUGAGCGCUUCCCCGAAACCCAGGUCCUGAGAUGGUUGAGCUGUCUGGCCCAGAACAACUCCCUGUAUCUCGUGGCAAACAUGGGAGAUAAAGUCUCCUGCGAGCCAGACAUCGACUCCAAAUGCCCGUCGGACAAACGAUACCAGUAUAACACAGCUGUCGCUUUCGGCCCCGACGGCAAGCUCUUGGCCAAGUAUCACAAGUACAAUUUAUUUUACGAAUCGCAGUUCAACAAGCCCAAGCCGGAAGUCAAGUAUUUUGACACGCCUUUCGGCCGCUUCGGUUUUCUCAUCUGCUUCGAUAUUCUGUUCGAAGAGCCAGCGGUACCCAUGGUAACUAGCCAUGGUAUCAAAAACAUCGUGUUUCCAACUGCUUGGAUGGACGCUCUUCCUCUUCUUUCCGCCAUUGGCUACCACUCGUCUUUUGCGAGAGGUUUCAGGGUGAACGUUUUGGCAGCAAAUAUACACCGGCCUGCAUAUCGCUUCCAAGGUAGCGGUCUCUACACGCCAGAGGGCAUGAAGGAAUUCUACUACAACAGAACAAACACCCCAGAGCCAAGACUCCUUGUAGCGGACCUAAAAGUCUUGUCGGAAACGCCAAGCAACUCCACAUCUGAAAAACGCCACAACUCUGUCCGUGACGAAAAAUGUAUUCCGAGAGAAUUCAUCGAUGAACUCAGCAUUCCACCACACUUCCACUCUGAACAAGACGAGCAGCGAAACCAAAGAUUAGCCAAAAUCGAUCCGCAACACCACAUCGCAAGAACCAAAGAUUUUUUUGUUAAAACCGCUAGGACCUCUGUCAGCGAACUCCGGGCCAAGCCUUUCAACAACAAAGGCUACACGUUCUUACCUCUGGACAGCGUCUUCCCAUUCGCCACAACCUGUCAGGGUCAAGUCUGCUGUUACUUGACCUACGAACUGACCAACAAGUCCAGCUCGGAGUUAUUCGUCCUUGGCGCGUUUGACGGCGUGUUUCACGGCAAGUACUACUUCCAGACCUGUGCUGUACUCCGCUGUCCCACGACCAACCACAGCACCUGCGGCUCCUACACCUUUGACUCGGACACCGGCUUCCGGAGACUGGAGCUCACGGCUGAGGUUCAAACCCCAUUCGUCCUGCCUCAGGCGGUCUUGUCUGACGGCGGUCAGUUACAACUCGCCCCUGCUGACCAGUGGGGCUUCCACCACCGCAUGACACUCAAGUUUGAGCCUGGGCUGACCAAACCCCUCAUAGAGGCCGCCAUCAUUGGCCGUGACUACGAGAGAGACCUAUGAUUGGUUGGCUGGAAGCUUCACAAUAGAUCACCGAUGAUUGGCUGGAUUUCCGUGAAUUAAACCCUUUGUUUGGCUGAAUAUCUGCGGCAUAGUUCACUGAUUGGCCGAAAUGUUUGACAGAAAUUGAUUCGUAAAACUCAUUACCAGGCACCGAUAAUAUCAUGUUCGAGUUUGAGACCCCUGAUCGAUGAAUCCAUAUAUUUUUUAAAAUUAUUAUUCCAUAUGAUGAAGUCCCCAAAGACGAUUUUGAACCUCAUCCGGCAGACCCAAAGCCUGGCAACCUGCAGUGUGUCUUUUCUCUCUAUUGCCUGCCAGGAUAAUGUCUCAUUUGUUAAUUGUUCAUGUUUCAUUCCACAAAUUCCCAUACAGGCUCCUGAUUGAUCGGCUGUCAGUGUUAGAGAUCCGUGCAAGACCAGAUUUUUAAAAAAAAAAUGUUAUUGUUAUACAUUUAAACUUGAACAAAAGAAAGGUGAAAUUUUUUGAUUGCGUAAAAAAAUCCAGUUCUUCCAGACUUGACGAUUGUCCUAUCAAGUGAGUAAUACCAAGCAGUUUUAAAAAGGUUUUGGUAUAAAAAUUACAUUUUGAUGCCCCAGUUAGUGUUUACAGUACCAACAUUUUUUAAAAAUGGAAAUUUAGAUUUUUUUCUCGUCCAUGUGCGGAUUUUUUUCUAUUCUUUGUUUCUAUUAAUGAAAUUCAGGUCUUUAUCAAAAGCCGCAACAAGUUAUUGAUCAUUGUCAGUCAAGAAAGAUGGUAGGUUUAACUCAGCUUGAGAGAAAUCGGACCUUUGGCACCCUCCACGCGUUUCUGUUGUAGCCUGGACGUUCAACUUUAACAGAAGAACUGACAUUGAAUGUCCUGGCCACAGCAGAAACGCUAGAAGAAGCACGCCGAUGCCUCGAUUUCUCUGAUGAGGUAAGCCUACUUUAUUUCUUGGGUGACAAUGAGCAUAUUAUGUUCUUGUGGUUUUUGAUAAAUAAAGACCUAAACUUUAUCCCGACCCCCCCCCCCCCCAAAAAAAAAAGAAAAAAUCUCCCACGCGAUCAGGGAUAAAUGACAAUUUUCUUCUUUUUUAAAAAUGUUUGACUUACUUUUUUAGAGACUUAGUAAUAUACAUUACUCGUGUGAAAGGAAAAGAUGUUUAGAUGCAAUCGAAAGGUGAUACAGUCAAACCCCGUUAUACCGCCACCUUUUGGACAUGAUUCUGCAGUGCGAUCCGAGUUUAAAAAGUGACUUUUGCACAUGUAUUCAGACCCAAGAGUCUUCUUUCUCUCUAGCUCUGUGUCUUUCUCGUAGGAGAAAGAUUAUCAAGUAGCCAACCAGAGGGUGUUGUGCGCUGUGGGUAGUAUGUAUCUCUGGUGGUCCGUAAAGUUCGCUGAGGGUAUGGUGGAACAAAUGUACAUUGGUUGAUUAAAUGACCGUACCACUCAGACAGUUGGCGGAUGGCGGUGUGAAGACGUAAAUACUAUGUUUACGUAAGCACCCCUUUUCGUACAUUGGUAAAACCUGGCAGUUAGUGGGCUGGCGGUAAACGGAGAGCGGUACAACGAGGUUUGACUACUUUUUUUUUUAGCAAUAGCACCAGUAUAUAAUGACUGAACCUCUAUGUAAGGAAUACUCCGAUUUCAUCUCAAUGCCGGACAUUGUUGAUUGGUUGCAUUAAUAUUACCUCAAUCAUUUAGUAAAAUCUCAUAAGGCUCAUCAUUCUGCUCCUGUCGUUUUGUUUUCUUCUUUUGUUCUGCUUCAUGGUGGUGGUCAAAUAAUAUAAUAUAUUCCAAAGUCAAAGCCAUCGAAAAAAAA